CCCUGUCAUAAAAUUGCUGCUUCUUAGACACUCACACUUAAUACUAAAAAAAAACAAAAACCCGGGGAGACACCUGUGUCCACCUUAGUGACUUGUAGACUCGGUUCCCCUUUAAAUUCGCCAGGCUGGGUUCAACCUCCUCAGCCACUAUACCAUCAGCAGCGGCAGCGCAGCAGCGGCAGCGCUGCUUCUUGAUGUUGUUGUCGGGAAUACGCAUGCGCCCGGCAUUGGAAUUACUGCACUGGAAAGAAUAAGUUGGACACCGUCGGUCCUCACUAAAAGAAAAAGGCACACAACUUAAGUAUGGCGGUGUUCAGAAGAAGGAGAAUGAGGUGUUUAUGCGUCUGGUUGUUCCCCCUCUUAGUUGCCGUGGUGUGCGCCCAGAGUGCCGGUGUCAGUGACCCUAGCAAUAUGUCUUUGGUUAAAGAAACGGUGGAUAGACUGUUGAAAGGUUAUGACAUACGACUGAGGCCAGAUUUCGGAGGUGCUCCGGUUGGAGUGGGGAUGAAUAUAGACAUUGCCAGCAUAGACAUGGUAUCAGAAGUAAAUAUGGACUACACUUUGACGAUGUACUUCCAGCAGGCCUGGCGAGACAAGCGGCUGUCGUACUCUGAGAUCCCGCUCAAUCUGACCCUAGAUAACCGGGUGGCUGACCAGCUCUGGGUCCCCGACACCUACUUUCUCAACGACAAGAAAUCGUUUGUCCACGGUGUCACAGUGAAAAAUAGAAUGAUCCGCCUGCACCCUGAUGGCACCGUACUGUACGGCCUAAGGAUCACGACCACUGCUGCUUGUAUGAUGGACCUAAGAAGAUAUCCACUCGAUGAACAAAACUGCACGCUCGAGAUAGAGAGUUAUGGUUACACUACUGACGACAUAGAGUUCCACUGGCGAGGAGGACACAACGCCGUGACGGGGGUGGACAAGAUUGAGCUCCCCCAGUUUUCCAUUGUGGAUCAUAAGCUUACCUCCAAGAAUGUUGUCUUCUCAACGGGUUCUUACCCUCGUCUGUCCCUGAGUUUUAAGCUGAAGAGAAACAUUGGGUACUUCAUCCUGCAGACAUACAUGCCUUCUAUCCUCAUUACUAUCCUCUCCUGGGUCUCAUUCUGGAUCAACUAUGACGCUUCUGCUGCCAGAGUGGCUCUAGGUAUAACGACGGUGCUCACCAUGACUACCAUUAACACCCAUCUGAGAGAAACUCUCCCCAAGAUCCCCUACGUCAAGGCCAUAGACGUGUACCUCAUGGGCUGCUUCGUCUUCGUCUUCCUGGCUCUCCUGGAGUACGCACUGGUCAACUACAUCUUCUUUGGACGGGGCCCUCAGCGGCAGAAGAGGGCGGCCGAGAAGAUAACCAUAGCAAACAAUGAAAAGAUGAAGAUGGAUCCAAAUAAGUGGCUGGUGGGGAACGUGGUCGGCAGAGACGACACUCUGUACGCCAGAAUGACGCAGAGGGACCUCGACGGUCACGACUCAAUGUGGGAACCGAUCUUUGUGGACGACGCGGCGAUAGGACUUGGCGAUCAAAAGAACAGGAUGGACCCCCAUGAAAACAUCCUUUUGAGCACCCUCAAGAAUGACAUGGGUGUUUCGGAGCUGGCUCUGGGUCUCAAUGACCCGCGGAACACCAUGCUGAAAUACGACAGUUCGACUUUACAGUACCGCAAAGCCGGGCUGGCCAGGCACAACUUUGGCCGCAACACACUGGAGCGCCACAUGACUCAGAAGAAGAGCCGACUACGGCGACGCGCGUCACAGCUAAAGAUCAACAUCCCAGACUUGACUGACGUAAACUCUAUUGACAAAUGGUCAAGGAUGAUCUUCCCAACCGUCUUUUCCUUCUUCAACAUCAUUUAUUGGCUUUAUUACAUCAAUUAAAAACAAGAGGAACACCAGUGAUAGCAAAGUAUUUCCCUCAUUUGUUGUUUGUAUCUGGUUUGUUUGAUUUUUACGUGAUCCUGUAACACUGGACUGAAUUACUACUGUAUAUUCAAGACUGGAUCCAUAUCUUGAACCUCCACACUUGCUGGCUAACACACGACAACCUUGUAGAAGAAAGAUUACAAUCAUAUAAGGUGCCUGUUCCUAAAUAAUUGUUUUAAAAAUUUUACAUAUUUUGUCAAUGGUGUACUCUGACAUGAGUUUAAAAUGUUGGUUUGCAUAUUUUUGUAUGUUUUUAUUAUGUUAGACUUACAAUAUACUUAAAUCAUUGCCAAAAUAUCAUAGUGAGAUACAAUUUUAACAAUUUAAACGAUCCUUAACAUUCACAGAAACGUGCUGAUGAAAGUUUUCUCUGGGCUUGAAUACAAGUAUAUAAAUUUAUUUUUUUCCCCAGUUCAUAAACAUCUCAGUGAGGAAGCAUUAAGUAUUAUUAAUGAAGAUCACGAGAAUGCUUCCAGGUUUUAAUACAGACUGCACUCAAGAAGCCUGUUGAACGUCAAAACUGUCAUAAUGUAAAGACGCAUGAGACUAAUAUGGCCGAUCUGGAUUGUUAUUACUGUGUUUUCUCCCCACUGUGUCAUGUUUUAUAACAAAGUAAAGAUGGAAAAAGAGUAAGAAAAAAAACAAAUAUUUGUCUUAAAUAAAAUGUACUUAUAUAUUAUACUAACUUGAAUUAUAACUAAACUAAAUUAUUAACACGGAAUUUUGUCCCAAAGCACAUUUUACACGUCUUUGGGGAAAGACCUUAUUCAGAGAAAGUAGUUUAGUCUUAAAGUAAAUGUAAAUAUCACAUGUAUAGCAUUAAUUAUAAGGAAAAAUAUGAGCUUCACAUGAUUUGUUAUAUUAUAUUUUUUUUUAUAGCUCUAUUCUCACUUUCCUGUAUUAACAAGACAGAUGAAAACUGUCGAAGAGGCUCAGCAGCUAUGAUUAGUCUGUCACGGUUCAACAAGGCGACAGACAACGAGAAGCUAAAUUUAAUUUAUUAGUUCACAGAAAGACAAGGGUGCAUAAAAAGCACAACAAACAUCAAAUAUCAGGUGAUAGCUCCGCAUCUAUUAUUUAUUAUGAGUUUAAAAUCUACUUGUUUACGGAUUUGAAAAGAAAGCAAUGACAUUGAUGAUAAAAAGCUGUAAAAAGCCCACGUUAUAAAUGCAGAUUCUUUACAUCUGAUGUUGUACAAAACACUUUGCACACACGUUCUCAAAGCCAUAGAGGCUGUAUCGUAGUUCUUUUCUAAUACCUGGUGCUUAUCGUGGCUGAGGGGAAUUGUUACUGACGUGACAAUUAUGAUUACAAUUUGCCGUUUAGUUACAAAACCUAAAAAAUACAACUAGGGCUGUAAUACACAAGAGAGUCAUACACCACUGUCCGUGUGAAUGGACUGCUGUUUCUCCUCGGUGAAUUCAAGAACUCAAUAUAAAGUUGUGGUUGGAGUUCAAAUUGGAGGAGCUAAAACUGUGAGAGGUUCGUUUAAAGUUGUGCCAGUUUUGUUCCAAAAAUAUAACAAAAUAACAAGGAUCUAACACAAAGGAAUCGUGACCAUUUGUUGAUUGUAGGUGUGUGGGACCAAUUACACGAUAAUACUUUAAUUAUUUACUUACAGUUAUGUCUCAUCGCAUCUCUUUCCCACUCACGUGUUCCAUUUCAUGUGUGUUCUUGUGUUGAAUCUACUUCAUUUAAACAUGAAUAUAGAAGUAAUUACAUUUUAUAAAAAAAAAAUGUAUGUCGAUUGGUAUUGCAAAUAUUGUAUUAAAAUAGCAUUUAUGCAACAGUUACAACUAUUUUAGUCUACUGUCCAACAAGUGACAGGUAAAACUCUGAAUAUCGUACACAAAUCUAUAAAUAAACCGUUUGCACAAUGUGCUGGAAUUUGGCGACGGCACAUGGUGAGGAAAUUAAGUAAUAAUGUCAAAUAUUGUUGAAAAAAAAAUGCAAGUUUUGAGUUCUCUGAGAAAAUCCUGAAGUUAAAAUCUCAUCCAGUAUUUCACCAAGAAUGUAUAUAUGAAUUGGUGUUUAUUAUUCUUGUAAAUAGCUAUAUGCUUUCUAUUGGAAAGACAGAGGGACAAAUUUCAAUAUAAUUUAUAUUAAAAUGAAUACAGAAUGCAGUGGGUGAUGUGAAACCAUGUAAAUAGUUUUUGUUUUACAGUGUCACUUUUUGUUUUUUUGUUAUUUUGUUAUUUUGUCCAAGCACUUUUCGUUUGUUUUGCCAAAAUGUUCAUGAAUGUAUUUGAUAUUCUUUUGCAGCAAUGUGUCAGCAGAGGUGUAACAGUUUUUUUUGUUGUUGUACCAAUGAUCAGCUAAUUACAGAUUUCAGAAACACACACUCACAUAAAAAUGGGUCAGGUGAUAAAGAUGCCUUUUGUAUCAUCCCCUAAAUUCAACCAUCUCAGGUCAGCACAGUUCACACCAUAGACGUUCACCACAACCUUCAAUUUAAACCCAAAUAUUGUAUUUAAGGAAAAGUACCUUAGUGAGCUUCUAUCAGAUGUCUCCCCUCUGUCAUUUAUUUACUUUUCUCGGUUUAAUUUAAGUCCCGUUAAAACCAUAUAGCCAACAGUGCUCAUACAGUUAUUGCUCAGUAUAGGUAGAAUUUAAAAGAAAAUAUUUAAUCAUAUUUAAUCAAUAAUUUAAAGUCAUUAAGGUACUUAAUCCACCAUAGCCAUAGAAAGAAUAAAACUUCCCAAUAUAAAUAUAUUUCUUAAUAUUCAGAAUAAUACUGUAUGUAGUAUGAUGUGUGUGUGUGUGCGUGUGCGUGUGCGUGUGUGUGCGUGUGUUGGCCAGAGUUUUCCAAAGCACACCGCUAACUGGCAAGAAAGGCCUGCUUCAUGAGUUCUACACUUUGAUGUGUUUGUACUUCACAGCGCUGUUUUGUUUCAUAUACUGUAUUUUUAUAUUUCUAUACUCCUGUGUAAAAAAAAAAAAGAAAGAAAGAAAAAUGCACACUGCUGUUUGUUUAAAAUCCUUGUAAGUCCAAUUUUGGCAAUUUUCACAUUUAUACUAUACAGAAUAAUUACCUUGUCUACUGGGGAUUCUGGAGAAAAAAAAAGAGAUGGCAUUUAUGUUUAUGAAAAUGUUUCAUUGUCCCACAUAUGAAGUUAAAAAAUACAGGUUGUAAACAGUUGGCUUUUCUGAAUUCUUGGAAGGCACGGUUUUUCAGAAGUUUUCCAUCAGACAGACUUUUUUCCGGAGAGCAAGGACAGACUGAUACUCUAACGGCCUGAAAUGACAAAUGUUGGUGACAGAGUAUGUUUGCACACACUCACAGAAGAAGCCUUAGCCUCCCGCUGCCCUGGACUUCACACCUCGCAGCAUCAAUCCUCUUUACCCUUUCAACACCUUCCACCUUGAGAAAUCCUUGUAUGUGCCACACUCACACGAGCAUUCCCACAGAAACCCUGGACUGUAUGCUUCGUACAGAUGAACCAUGUAAAAGUCAGUGUUCCAUCUUUACUAUGAAAACUAUGAAAAUGAAUACAUUGUCAAAUAAAUAUUGUAUACAGUUCUAAAAUCUGCAGGUGUUUAUUAAGUGGUAUCACCAGUUUAGCAUCUCAUGGUAAACAUCAUCGUUCAAUAUUGAAAAUGCAAGGUUACUGUGUAAAUGAGAGCAGUUUAUCUUGUCCUCAUGUUCAUUGUAAUCACUUACAAUGAUAAA